AUGACGACGGCCCUGUGCGCCUCGCCUGCUGCACGCAUGAGGAGGGGCGGCGACGAACGGCGCGCUGAGGGAGCCGUGACGUGUGGGCGUGCGACGAGGGCCUGUGGGGCGGAGCACACAUUUCUUCCCUCUUGUUUUGUUUUUUAUGCGGUCAGGGCUGGCAGACACCCGCAGCGCCACACACACACAGCCACGCCCUGCCGCCGUGUUUUUUUUUCUUUUUUUGCUGCGCUCACUCCCCCGAUGGAGAGACGCGACUCCCGUCGUGUCUGCGUGCUUCUCUCAGUCCCUCCACACACACGAGUGACUGUGCUCUGCGGGCCGCACUCACGCGCCGAUGAGAGGGCUGAGGGGAGCAGCAACACGCAGAUGACCCAUGAAAUAUAA